AUAACAAUAUAAAAAGAAUGUAACAAUGCAGUGAUAAGAAGGCUGAAACAGAGACACGUAAAACAUCAUGACACAGUUUGUCUGCAACCCUAACACCUGUGAGAUGCAUGCCAUGAAGGAAAAACUGGCAGCUUUGGAAACCAGGUUGAAGGACUGUGAAAAAGAGAUCGUGGAAAUGAAAAACAAAGAGAGAACAAAGGUGAUAUUCAGUGCGGAGGCAGGAGCAAGAGGAGCGAUUGGACCUUUCAACACAGAGACAACUCUCAUCUACGAAACAGUGAUUACAAAUAUUGGAAAUGCCUACAACCACUCCACAGGUAUCUUUACUGCGCCUGUUUCAGGUGUUUAUUACUUUACCAUCUUCCAUCAUUCUGGAGGACUUCAUGGGACAGAGCUGUUUCUCCACAGGAACAGCGAGCGCAUCGUCAUGACACAGGAUCACCCAGCAGUCCAUGAAACGGCUCAUAAUGGAGGAAAUGCAGUGUUCCAGCAGCUGCAACAAGGGGAUCGAGUGUAUGUGCGCAUGGGUGCAAACUCACAUGUUUAUGGCUCGAACUACCACACAACUUUUAGUGGUUUUUUGGUCAGCCAGAUGUGAGAACAGUUCACUUUACAAACACGUACCACUUUGUUAAGACAAAGAAUCAAUAAAAAUGAUGAUUCAUUUACUACCAUUUGACUUUAAUCAGCUUAAGAAGAAGGCGAUUGUUCUAAAUUCACGGAAAUAAAUCAGCAAAUGAGCCCUCACUGUUUAUUGCUUUAUUGCUGAGAGCUUGACUGCUUAAUGUAAUGUUAUAUGUUAUGAAGCUAGUUGUUUUAUUGUGGAAUGGCUGAUGCACAGAUGAUUUUGCUUAUUUGUUUGAAAAAAAAUUAUAAUUGUUCUGACAUUUAAAAUGAUGACCAAUAUUGAUUAAUUAAAAUGAGCAAUGUAUGAUUGUGAAUAAUACAGCUACUUGUGUUGUCUUAAUGUCUGUGUUCCAUUGGUCCAUUGCUUUUAUGCACAGCCAAAAUAUAUAAAUAGAACACUUAUUAAUAAAUGAAGUUAUUAAUAAAGAA